AUGGCAGUCGCCGAAAACCAAGUUGAGCAUGUCGUCAGCGACCCUGCAGCCGACAACGGUGGCUGCAGCCCCUUCUCCGAUCCCCCCGUUUCACCACCAACACAUGUAUUUGAACCUUCGGCGAGCGAAUCUGAUUCAUACGACACUGCCAUCCAACUUCCGCUGAAGUUGCCGUAUGUUGUAGGCUUCACUACGACUGCAACAAGGCAUCAACCCCCGGAGCCCUUUGGUGUAAGAUAUGAAACGGAUUGCCCAUUGAGUCUACCUUGGGAGAACCGGAAGUCUCAAUCAAAAGCGGAGUACUGCGCUUUACGCCACGUUUGCGACGAUCAAUCUUUCGAAGUCGUAAAGACGUUGAAAAUCACGGCGGUCAUCCGCACCGGUCAAAACAGAGGAGCACAACUCGUCGUCAUCAACGAUGACAUGGUCGCGAAAAUCUACGACCCGCUCUACUACGAAGAUGUGAACGAGUAUGGUGGCGACGAAGACGUUGUGUAUGAUGCCUUCUCCGAUUACAGUCGUGAGGCUGCUGCCUUUCACCAGUUACAGAAGUCUCCAGCGGCCCGGGAAGUCACACCUGCUUUCUACGGAACUUGGACUAUACUGGUGGAUACUCACAUCCACAACGGAGGUGAGACUCAGAAACGCAAGCGGCAGGUCCCUCUGAUUCUGAUGGAGUAUGUAAGAGGCGCGACUAUGCGCGAUAUUGAUGCCCGAGCAUUGCCAGAGCAGACACGGUCCUGUCUUCUAAAAAAGAUUCUGGAUGUCGACAUGGUCAUACUCCACGCAGGGGUCGACAACAGUGAUUUCUGUUCUCGUAACAUCAUGAUCACUAGCCUUCCAACUCAGUCAGCAGGCGAUGCAGCGGGUGGCUUUUCCGUCAAAGCAAUCGAUUUCAACAUUGCCAUUGUCCGUCGUCAUCCGAAAUGUCACAACUAUAAAAUGAUAAGCGAGAUCGACGAGGAACGCAAGGCAUGGCUUCCUAAGCUUUCAUCUCCAAUUCUCCGAUGGUUCAACAGCGUUCAAGACUUCGCGUGGGAUGAUUGGUGCCCUAGUGGAGAUGGAGAACCCGAACUGUGGUUAUGGGAGCAGUAUCGUGACGAUGAGCGCUAUAUUCCCAUCAUUUGGGACCCGUCCAACCCCGAUGUUCGGCCAGAGUACGUUGAGCUGGGAAGUGGUUCUGAGACAAGCGUGGAUUCGGGUCUGGGUUUGGACAUGGUAGUCGAGAAAGGCGAGGAAGGCGGUAAAAAGAGCAGCGUUGAAGUUGAAGAUCACAGUGUGUCUGCUGUACAGGUGUCAUAA